AUGCGCAACUUCCUCCACACACCCACGCGUCUACUGGAGGGUCAACACUCUCGAGUACGAAAUUUGGAGAGUGUUUGCACCGAUGCGAAGCUAGACAUGGCUAAGCAGAUCAUCAUGGAGGAAACGGGUGGGAUUAAGCCAUUCACGACGCCUCACAUUGCCUGCCAGCAUAUCGAUCUGGGACGUGACGGCUUUGGAAUGACCACAGUGGCUGUGUACGCGCUGGAAACUCGAAACGCGUGUAAAACGUUCAAAGCUACGUGCAGUGCCGUCAUGAACUAUUUACCUCCAACGAAGCUCAACAUUCAAUACGGGAAGUCCCACAACGUCUAUGAGAGCGACGCUACGGGCGAUCGGGUGUCUGUGGAGGGCCGAGAGAUCUCGUACUACCGCAUGACCAAGGACUGCGGUAUCUUCCUGUGGGAUUAUGUGGAUGCGGACGACUUGAAUCCACUGGAGACGAAGACGUCCGCCAUUCGCUGCACGACGGGAGCGGUGUUGGUGCGUCCGGAGACCUGCCUUGACGGCGUGGAGCGCAUUGUUUGCCGUAAUAUUUGCACAAAGGUGCACCUUUUGGACUCGUCCGAGGUGACCGACGCUAGAGCGCUUCUCGAAGUCGAGACAGCUGCAAUAUGCAUGUGCUCAGAUCUGCGGGUCACUGGUGUACGAGACUAUCAAGAGUGA